AUGGAAAGUUUAAUCACCAAUUUAGACUUGUUUGUUCUUUUAAAAAGUGAGAGUACUUCAUUUAAUCACGAAGUAUUGUUUAGUGCUGUUGUAUCCCGCAUAGGCAAUAACCUUUCUGCUGAAGAUCGAGUAACUCUCAAAGAAUUUUGUCGGAUAUUCACGCGAGCUGCUUUACAGAGGUGGCAGAAAUCCAACCGAUUCCUUGAUCGAUUCAGAAGAUUGUACGAAAAUUGGCUGCAAGCAAAUAUGGAUUGGCCAAGUUGUGUGCAAUCUUUAGUUAAUCAACAACCAACUGUUGAUGAGAUACCUAGAGCACACUCAGUCUCUCAAGAACCGUCGACAUCAUCAUCCGUUGGUACAAUGACUAAAAAGUCCCGAAAACUAUUCGAAGAUCUGGGAAGCAUACAGAAAAAGAGAAGAUCUGAUGAUCUUAUAGGCAAAGAUUCCAGUGAAUUGGCAUAUACAGCUGCAGCACGUUUAGAAAAAGAAGGGCAUGAGGAUAUCGCAUCUGUGAUCGAAUAUAUUCUGAAGCUGAUAUCCAAGUGGGGAUUUGAUGGUGCUUCCAACCAAAGCCGAUACAAGCAGAAAAUAGAGGGUGAGCAAGAUGAUUCAAGCAUUUUCAUGACUUCAUUGGUGCCUCUAAAACUGACAGAUGGAGAUAAUACUUUAUGGAAUAACCCUAAACCUAAACCCUAA